AUGGAAGGGAGAGAAGCUAUGGCUUCAUACCAUCUGUACAGAGGGAUCGGUAUAGGGCCAGGGACGGGAUCGCCUCAGCAGCAACAGCAGCAGCAGCAACAGGGAUUGCAUGGUAUGCGGCCGAUGUCUGCGAAUCCUGGCUCUAAUUUGCAAGUUCAGCAGUCUUCGAGCAUAGGAGGAGGUCCUGGUGGGGGAUCCAUUGGAUCAGGGUUCCAGGUUGAAUCCCCACCUUCUAUUUCGCAGCAUGGUGUGAAUGUAGGCGCCGCCGGAGGUGGUGGUGGUGGGGCGGGUGCAGGGGGCCCGGGUGAGCCAGUGAAAAGGAAGAGAGGGAGGCCAAGGAAGUAUGGUCCUGGUGGGAGUGUUUCUUUGGCUCUAUCUCCGAUGUCUUCUUCACCUCCGGGUUCGGGAAUGGCCUCAGGAUCAGUGCCUGGGAUGAGCUCUGGAGCGCCGGAGAAACGAGGGAGAGGCCGGCCUCCGGGCACUGGAAGGAAGCAGCUACUCGCUUCUCUUGGGGAAUGGAUUGUUGGCUCAGCUGGAAUGGGUUUUACUCCACAUAUCAUCACAAUUGCAGUAGGAGAGGACAUUGCAUCAAAGAUAAUGUCUUUCUCACAGCAAGGUCCACGUGCUAUCUGCAUCUUAUCAGCAACUGGUUCUGUUUCAACAGUGAUGCUUCGGCAAUCUUCAACUUCUGGUGGUGCCGUAACCUACGAGGGCCGAUUUGAAAUUCUCUCCUUGUCUGGAUCUUAUUUAAUGACUGAUGGCGGUGGAUCACGUAACCGAAGUGGAGGCCUGAGCAUCUCCCUUGCCAGCCCUGAUGGCCGGGUUAUUGGUGGUGGUGUUGGAGGUUUGCUCAUAGCUGCAAGCAAUGUUCAGGUGGUAGUCGGGAGUUUUAUUUAUGGUGGAUCGAAGCAGAAGAGCAAGGCAAAAACCAAUCAAGACCCAGGCAUGGAUUCAGAACUGCAGAUUGGCGAUAAACCAGGCACAACAUCCGGUGGACUGCCGAUUCAGAGUCCCCCGCCAGUGAUGACAUGGCCUGGUUCAAGACAGAUAGACAUGAGAAAUGCCCAUAUCGACAUUGAUUUAACGCGAGGUUAGGUAGUCUGGUUUUAAUCCGAAUGGGCAGGCUCGUGUAAAUUCGGGAUUUAAGCUAAGAAAAGGGUCAAGUUGGGGAAGGAGGUAACCAUCAUCGAUGCUGUGAGUCAUUCCGGAACUCGCACCUUUUGUGCUAACAUGUUUCUGCAAUGAGGUACUGCCUCUUGGAGAGAAUUUAUGCUGAUGUAAAGUUAUGAUAGUUGUAUACCUUUUCAUUUGAAUCUUGUCUUGCAAUGUCAGUCCUUUUUUCGCCGUUUAAGUUAGAAACUCUUAUCUUUUUGCUGAUUAUAUAUCGGUUCUCGGAAGCGAUAAUGUCAGUGAAUCGAAUCGAAUUGCAGCCAAUCAAAAGGACAGAAGAUUUCUGUGUUUCCAUGAUGGAUUUUUAUUUGCAUGUUUAUGAGAACCCUGAUUGAUGGGAAGGGAAUGAGUCUUUGUUGAAUGUUAA